AUGGUCGUCUGGUUGUUGUAGACAGAAGAAUUUAGCUUCUCGUCAUUCGUAGUGUUCAAAUCCCGUACAAGCCAGUUCUUCAGGCGUUCUUUGGCAACUGCAAAGUUGUGUCCAUAACUGUGUUGUUCGUUUUUACUUUUAAUUCUUCUUCCCGCAGUUCAUAUAUUAAUUCUUUCAUUCGCCACUUGCACAUCUCCCAUAAUAUACCUUAUUCCCUCCCCCGAAAAAAAAAAAAUUUGCAUCAACUUUGUUUUUCAUUUCUCCUGGGUAUUACAGCCGUCCUAAGAGAAAUUGAAAACAAUGCUUAUGCAAAAUGUUUGGGGUUAAAUAAGGUGCAUUAUGGGAGAUGUGCAAGUGGCGAAUUGUAUUGCUUCUUUGUUUACAAAUUGCUUAGCCACUACGGUUUCAGUGCCUGCAAAAGGUACAUACUGAUGUUGUAAGGAUAAACUUGUCGUUUCUGAUGAACUGUACAAAAACCGUUUUUUUUUUGCCUUGUUUCAGGGGCAACAGAGAGAAAGAGACAAACUUCACGACAAGUAUGUCAGGUUAGUAUUUUGCUGCGCUUACAGGGAGUCAAGGUAAACAGAGACAAUAAAAACAGCAAUAGCAAUUACAAUUCGAUGUCAAAUGUCCGUUAAAUGUGAUACCGUCAAAUCUCUCGCUUAUAGUUACACAUAGCAUAAAUAGUUUCCACUGCAUUUAAGUCGUUUAGUUAGUAGAACACAAUGAAAAUUCGGUGCUACGAUUUAAUAUGAAUUUUUUUGUUCGAGUAACAUUGAGUUUGUCGAAAUUUAGCGUCCUGUGUCAAGGCACACUUGCGCACUUGCUCUGCAAUUUUAUCAACAACCUGCCUAACUGUCCGGGCCGUUUCUUGAAAGUCCCGGUAUCUUUCCGGGCCCGAAAUCAGAUACUGAAAAUAAAGGCGUAGGUCCUGCCUAGCAAACUACUCCAUUUUGUUUCAUUAACUGAUAGUUUUAUCAUGUUAGAUGCAAAACUAUUGAAACCUCGAUCUUUAAUGUAAACGGCAACAGCUAACCGGGCCCGUUGAUUAUCGGGACUUUCGACUCAGAAACGGGCGCCAGGGGCCCGUUUCUCGAAAGUCCCGGUAACUUUACGGACCCGAAAUCAAAUAUUCAAAUCGAAAUAUAAAGAAUAAGAGCGCGGGUCCUGGCUGGCAAACUACUCCAUUUUGUUUCAUUAACUGACAGUUUUAUCGUGUUAGAUGCAAAACUAUUGAAACCUCGAUCUUUAAUGUAAACGGAGACAGCUUACCGGGCCCGUUAAUUAUCGGGACUUUCGAGAAACGGGCCCCAGGCCCCACCACAUUGCGGAAAACAGAACGCAAGGCAUCAUGGGAAGAGUGCAGACCAUCCCUCCAAAAACAAUACGCGUGUUACUUUAAAAGCAACAAGGAACGCUUAGAAACGAAACAGAGUAAAGACUGUCCGCGUAAUAUGAUGUGGAACGUAAAAUGCAUCUGGCAAAGCUCACGUUUCGUUUCUUUGUUAGGUAUAAAGAAAGAGUUGGCAGUAUUCGCCGAGAAUUACAAGGAGCGAAAUCAAUGGCGGAGGACUACAGGGUGAGAAAAUAUUGUCAUCUUACUGUCAUCUAGCCUGCAAGCAAGCUCCCCAUUUGGGGAUAUCGUGAAAAGUAGACGCGCGAGAGGCACGCCAGAGGAGACGCGAAAGCGGGUGGCGGGGGAGACAAAUGAAAAUUCAUGAGAGAUCGUCGCAAGCUCUCCUUCCCUCGGCCCUUCGCAGUUGUGCCGCUCGCUCGCGCGUUCUCGCGCGGCUUGCUUCGCUCGCCCAAAUAGGAGAGCUUGCUCACAGGCUAACUGCCAUCAUAUUAUUGGCAUCCUUUUAAUGUUGUUUUACAUAUUUAAAUAUCUUGUUGAGACAUUCACUGUUUGAAAUGAUCGACAAAAUGUCAUCUAACGGAUAUCCGUUUAUUUGAACAGCAAGAGGGUCUGGACGCCAGCAAUUUGUCCACAAGACUAUUGGAGGUAACGAAAAACACCACGAGUAGCCCCUCUAAUUUCUUAGUCCGCGUGCGAGAAAAAGUAUCCACGCCACGCGUGUGUUACGCGUGCCACUCUACUAAGGCCUCGUCCACACGAAUCUGGAUAUUUUUCGAAAGCAUAUAGCUCACUUCGAUAAAGAGUGAUAGCCUGGGACCCAAACUAGGCGCGCGCGCAUUUAUGGGAUUAAUUGGGGGAACGCGAAUGUAAACAAACAUGGCGGAAAGCGAAGUGGAAUGUUUCAGGGGAGUUCCUGAAGUUAUUUGUACACAAAGGCACACAACAACUGGCACGUCUCGUCAUAAUACAAGGUGGCUGCUCGACGUGUUCCCCCAAACAAUCCCAUAACUGCAGCGCGCUUAGUUUGGGUCCCAGGCUAUCACUCUUUUCCGAAGUGAGAUAUUGUUUUACAAGAUUCAGCCUUUCGUCCACACAAAACCAGUGAAUCCGCUGAGUGAACCCGCCUGUUUUUGAAGCUGCUCUACAGAGCCCACACGAAUCCGGGUAAAACAAUAUGCAGUUUCAAACAUUUCCGAAUUUGUGGGGACAGGGUUCCAAAUUUGACGAAAGGAUAAGGGGGCUGCACGCAGUCUGGGGAAAAAAAAAACUUUGUUUUAACCGAAGUAUGUCGAUUUGGUCGUUUUUGUUUUGUUUUUGUUUUUGUUUUUUUCGCUUUUUUCCAUUGGUGCUGAAGAUUCAGUUUGAUUUGUAUGUUGUCUUUUUAGAGUCUAGACCGCAUCUCCAGUCCAAAAGCCAAACAACGAAGACUUCAUCAGUUUCCAGACACGCCACCAACUAAUUUAAGGUAAGUGCGUAGACUAACUCGCUUAAUUAUGCCAUUAUAUGUUACAAAUUCUUCUUCCUUGAUUGCAACGUUUUACCCUAUUCCUUUGAAGGGGCGAUGAAAUUCGUUGCCCAGUUUCCCUAAAUUGAUAGGUGAAUGCCACUUAGGAUCGUUUUGGUUGUACUUGUUUAUUAUCUCAUUCAACAAAUAAUAACUUUCUUUACUUUGAAUAUAUUUGUACGCAAAAUAAUUUUAGUUUUCAUACUUCAGGAUCAGUAAGUAGCACAAUGGGUUUCUCAUUGGAAUAUGGUGUUCAUAUUUCAAAACAAAAUGCAAAUAAGAUUUAUAAACUUCUCUGGACACAUUCUUUUGAAUUGGUGCUUUUUCGUUCCCCUUUUUCUCUCUUCCCUCACAGUGACUGUAUCAUCUUUCUCUCAUUUGCAGACCACCGACAAGUAAGACUAUGCCUGUUUCAGAAUGGUCUCCGUCAUCGGAUAACACUUUAUCCACCGUCUCGGAAAGUUANGUUUUUGUUUUGUUUUUGUUUUUGUUUUUUUCGCUUUUUUCCAUUGGUGCUGAAGAUUCAGUUUGAUUUGUAUGUUGUCUUUUUAGAGUCUAGACCGCAUCUCCAGUCCAAAAGCCAAACAACGAAGACUUCAUCAGUUUCCAGACACGCCACCAACUAAUUUAAGGUAAGUGCGUAGACUAACUCGCUUAAUUAUGCCAUUAUAUGUUACAAAUUCUUCUUCCUUGAUUGCAACGUUUUACCCUAUUCCUUUGAAGGGGCGAUGAAAUUCGUUGCCCAGUUUCCCUAAAUUGAUAGGUGAAUGCCACUUAGGAUCGUUUUGGUUGUACUUGUUUAUUAUCUCAUUCAACAAAUAAUAACUUUCUUUACUUUGAAUAUAUUUGUACGCAAAAUAAUUUUAGUUUUCAUACUUCAGGAUCAGUAAGUAGCACAAUGGGUUUCUCAUUGGAAUAUGGUGUUCAUAUUUCAAAACAAAAUGCAAAUAAGAUUUAUAAACUUCUCUGGACACAUUCUUUUGAAUUGGUGCUUUUUCGUUCCCCUUUUUCUCUCUUCCCUCACAGUGACUGUAUCAUCUUUCUCUCAUUUGCAGACCACCGACAAGUAAGACUAUGCCUGUUUCAGAAUGGUCUCCGUCAUCGGAUAACACUUUAUCCACCGUCUCGGAAAGUUAGUUUUUUGUUUUGUUUUGCUUUUUGUGUUUACGUGCAUGUGUUUACUAGACCUUAUACAUGGUCACAGUAUUCUUGAACCUUGGGCUCUUAUCCGGCCGGCUGGAGAGGACUGGAGACGAAGCGAAGGCUCUUCUUUGUUAACUUGUCGUCCGACAUGCCAAAAGAGAAGGGUGUUGGGAUCGAAAAUGUGAUGGGUCGAGUAGUCGGGCGAUGAUGCGGAGCUCACAUACCAAGUUACGAGCUCGGGUGUGUUUUGGGCUUAUGCUAUCAUGAAACACAAUACGCGAUAAAACUGAAAAGGGUCAUACUAAGUCAGUGUUUUUUUUUUUUUAACGGAAAAUUACUUAUUUGUGGCUAAAUCUGCAGGCUCUUAUUACUCAUGGUUCUUUCGAUCCGUAGUUUCGACUAGGCAACUUUUUCUUUUUCGAUGUCUCAACACUCGUAACAUUUAAGCUUUCUUUGGUAACUUUCGCUCAAUUGUUUUUCAGCUCUCUUGGAAGGGAUUACCUUACAAAUCGUGGUCACACCCAUAAAUGCCCAAUGAACUGAGGCAUUUUUUCUACUUAAGCAUGAAGACAUUUGCGGAUGAACUGUAAAAACUUAUUUUUGGUGUAUUCAACUGAAUUGAAGAGGGGUUGUCACCGUGCGCGUCUACUUUGGUCUUGUGGCUCACUCACAUCUGGCAAUCUGAUGAGGGUCUACUUUGCUUAAUCCACAAUUCAAAACAGGUGACUACCAAUCCUACUGAACUGAAUUUUUACGAUAUUUUUCGUCUUAUCUUUAGAUCCUUCGCCCUUGAUUUCACCUUUUAAAACAGAUAGAAAACGAAGCUACAAGCUUAAGGAUUACCGUGGCAAAGAUCCCAUUGCUAGUACUGACUUGGACUAUAAAGAAAGGUAACGACAAAUGGUAGGUAUCCACUGACAGUUGAUGACUCUUGAGAGCGGUAGGAAUCCAGUGCUAGGACGAUAUCCUGAAACGGCGAUCAAUUACUUGUUAUAGAACACUAAGCAGAGACAUGAUGAUAACAAUCUAUGAAAAGACUCCCAUCAGUUCGCUCUUUGCUGCUUCUCUUUGCCUGCCCCUGGCCUCUUUCGUGCUUUCUCGCCAUCUCUUUGCUGUGUCCCUUCAGGUCUCUCGCGCCCCUUCUGGCCUUGUCUUCAUCCUUGCCCGUAGUGCAGGCGUAUUUUUUGGCCAACCGGAGAUCUUUCAGUAAAAACCCUCGCUCUACUGGCGCUGGAGAAAAUCAGAGACUAUGGGACGGAAUUUCACGCAAGCUGUUGAAGUUAUCCACAGUUUCCCGAAAAUGUCUCAAGUUAUAGUCAACUUUAAGCCGUAACAGGACAAAGUAAUACCCAUAGGCUUAGCCUGCCUGUGAAUAAGCUUCCAGAGGAAUGUGGUGAGGGAACCGGUAGCCUCUUCUCCUCCCCCCUCCUCCGCCCCUUUCCAUCUGUUCGCACUCUUUAGCUUUCUCUUCAUCCCUUCCCCACAAGAGAGCCUGUUCAGAGGCUGCCCAUACCGUGGGCAUCAUAUCUAAAUUGAAUGAGGACUCUAUUCUGACCCUGGCGUUGAUCAGACUUUUCACAGAGUACGGUUGAACUUUUAUGUCAGAGGAGAGACAAAACGUGAGAAAACUUCUUGUAAACUCCAAAUCGUGGGUUUCACCCCGUUACUUCGAGAAAGGAAGGGAUUUAUCGGGUGAGUCCUUAGUUCUUUUGUAUUUUCUGUUUGUCAGUAUAUAUACUUAUAUGUUAUAUUUUCAAUUUUCCCUAGAUGAAAAAAAAAGCCGCGUUGGGCGUAAUGCAGGCUCCAAGCGUGAUGAUAUCACCUACACAUCGCGGCACACUCGUCAAAUCCCGUUCCUAGGUCCCUCCCCUACUCAUCCUCUCGAGGGACGAGUCGGACAGGACCCUGGGAACUAGAUUACACACUCGCCUUGUAUUUAAGGAAACAAAGUUAUAAAUAGUCGACUGUAUGAUACAAACAAGAUGUACGUGCUUUUAUUUAACUCUCUUUUAAUCGUUGACUCUGUACACCUGGAGAAAACAUAGACCUCCUCGGAAGAAAUAUGGGAUUAAUAUAUAAUGAGUUACUCACAGUACUGAAUUGUGGUGAUUGUUUUUAUUGCAACUGUUGAUUGAUG